CAAUCCGGUGACCGCACCCUGCCCAUUAAUGUACGCCCGAGGCGUCUCCCCAAACCCUAUUCUUUUCGUGUCGCCGCACAGACACACUCCCUCUCCGGCCGCCGGACGUCGUCCACCUCUGGCGAACUCUGCCCUCUUCGUUGACGCAGGCUCCAAAUCUUUGUAGGUAACCUAGUGUCAGAUUUCCAUUGCAUUCAGAGGACAAGCAUGAUGUUUUAAGUGCAUAUAUACUGAUGAUCAUUGGGAUCACAAGGCAAUAACUGCAAAUCUUUAUGGGAAGCAAAGGUCGUAUACCUCCUCAUAUGAGGCAACCUCUACCUGGUCCUAGUUUGCUCCACCCAGAUCCAUUUGGUGCAGGCAUCCGUCCACCUGGUGCAUUUCCUUUUGAUAUGUUGCCUCCUGUUGAAGUGAUGGAGCAGAAACUCGCUUCGCAACAUAGGGAAAUGCAAGUACUUGCCACUGAGAACCAAAGGUUUGCAGCUACCCAUUCUUCUUUAAGGCAGGAAUUGGCUGCUGCCCAACAAGAGUUGCAGAGAUUACAGAACCAAAUGGCUGCUGUAAAAGCUGAGCAAGAUCAACAAUUAAGACUGCUCUUGGAUAAAAUUGCAAAGAUGGAAGCUGACUUAAAAGUUUCUGAAUCUCUUAAAGCAGAGUUGCAGCAGGCUCAUGUAGAAGCGCAAAGUUUGGUUACAACAAGACAGGAACUAAUAUCUAAAGUACAACAGAUGACUCAAGAUUUGCAAAGGAGCCAUGCGGAUGCUCAUCAUAUCCCAUCUUUGAUUUCUGAACUUGAGGCUCUCAGACAAGAAUAUCAACAUUGCAGAGCUACAUAUGAGUAUGAGAGGAAAUUGCGUAUUGAUCAUUACGAGUCUCUUCAAGCAAUGGAGAAUAAUUAUGUUGCGAUGGUGAGGGAGGUAGAAAAGCUGCGUGCUGAAUUGACUAAUGCCAGCCAAGACAGAAUUAGUGGCAAUGCUUUAGGUGGCCAAUUCGGAGCAAAUGCUAACGCCUACAAGGAAAAUAUCGCAUCUGGAAACCAUUCUGUUGGACAAAAUGUUUAUGAAGAUGGUUACGGAGUUCUGCAGGGGCAUCCUGGAGGUGCAGCACCAUAUAGUGGAAGUGCACCUGGUCCUGCUUCUGCACGGGGUGUAUAUGAUCCCCUGUCAAGGAGCCAAACAUAUGAUGCUUCCAGAGCCCCUGGUUAUGAUGUUUCGCGAGUCACAGGCUAUGAUGCCGCACACAUUGGAAGCUUUGAUGGACCUAGAGGCACUCGCAGCCCUUUGACCUCUGGACAUGAUGUUGCUAGAGGAGCUGGCAUGGUUCAAACACCGUCAGUCACAGGAAACCCUGCUGCUCCUUAUGGGUCUGCACAGGCCCCUCCCUCUUACGGUGCAGCCGUUGCUCCACCAACUUAUGGUUCUGCACAGCAAUCAACAUAUGGAUCCGGGCAGAUGCCAACUGCCUAUGGUACAACUCAACAAGCAUCGUAUGGAAUUGGACAGACUCCAGCAGCCUAUGCUACAACACAACAAGCAGCAUAUGGAACAGGGCAGCAAAUAACUCAUGCUGGAGGUGGUUUUGAAGCACCUCGUGGCGGGAACACUGGUCGUAGAUGAAAUGAAAAGGCUUAGCCACAGUCUGGGUAAAAAUUUGAGAUUUUUUUUGUUGUAAAAACUUGCGUCAUAUUGAUAUGCAUAGUUGGCUGAUGACUUGAUUGUGAUGUUUCUUCACCUUGGUCUAUUUCUCAGAUGUAUUAGGAAUUCGUCUUCAAGCAGUCUAUCUACCCCAAUUUUACUAUGUAACAUUACCGUGUCUAUUGCUCCCCCCAUCUUACAAUGUAACAUAAUGUACCAUGGGGUGACCGAACUAAUUUCCCUUGCAUGAAUUUCUGUCAUGAUACUUGGAUGCUAAAUUGUUUCCAUGCUGAGA